AUGCUUAUAUCGGGGACGUACGCUGUGCAUUCUCGUCUGCGAAUCACGCCACUUAUUUCGCAGCGGAGUGACGUGUACCUCUCUCCCUCCACGUCUGCCGGCUCUCUUUCCCACUCAACCGCGGGCAGCCCAAAGAAAAACCUGCAGAUACGGCGGCCGGGCUCGACAACUGCGGGCAGCCCGACAAAAUUCUACCAAUCUCGGUCAGGAUCCGCAGAUUUGCUAGCGCACGUGCAAGCAGCAGCGGAAACUCAAAGAAGAAGCCACGGCGGGAGACAAGGGGAGAGCCUAGAUGGGAGUCCCAGAGGAAAGGAUCGGGGAGAGGGUCUUGAAGCAGUCGAAGGGAGGGGUCAGGGAACGAAGUACCGGACGGGCCGGUAUGGGAAGGACAGUCCGUUACUGGAAACCAGGGAUGAUCUGACGGCGGCGGUUCGCAGCAAACGAAAGGAGCGACGCGUUACAGACGACUUCGCUAACCUUGUGGAGCUGGUUCGACUGAGGGAGGCCAACGUGCGCCUCGAAGCGGAGGUGUCUCGUCUUCGAGACAAGUCGGACCGCCUGGAGGGCGAGAGGCGGCGGCUGUCAGCACGGCUGGCGGCGGUUCACACGGCGAUGCAGCAGCUGGAGAGGGAGGCGGCCAUUCGGAGCCGGACAAGGGCAGAGGCCACUAUGGGAGCCCAGCAGAAGGGGUGGAACCGGUGGUUCAGUGGGGAUCCCAGCGCCAUGGAGCGAGUGUUAGAAACAGCAGAGGACGCCAGGGUGGAGAGGGCGGCUGCUGCUGCCACUGUGGAGAAACUCGUGGAGGAAAACGCUCGCCUGGUGCAGCAGAUGAACGAGCAGAAGCUGCUGAUAACGAAUCUGGUUACCACCAUGCGGACCACCACCAUCCCGGGAACCCCUUCUGGGGUCCCAGCCAGCUCUCAGGGCAUGCAUGCUGGCCUCUCUCCUGUGCUGACUCAGCCUCUGCCAGCUCAUGCCACGUCAGCAGCAGGAAGAACAACGGCAGCAGCAGCAGUAGUGGAGGAUAACUCUCCCUCUUCCUCCUCUGCACACUCCCAGCUGUCCUUCCCCACCUCCUCUCUCUCCACCCCCGCUGCUUCUUCUUAUGAGCUUCCUUUCACUGGAAGAUCAGCAGCAGCUGCAUUGGCAGCACUGCCAGUUCGUGCCACGUCAGCAUCUGAGUACACCCUCACAGCUGACGUGGCAGGGUUGGGUUCAGUGGAUCAAGCAGCAUUGGCAGGGGGUGUGAGUGGUACCCAGGGAAGGGUCCCAGUUGCUCAAAUGAGCCAGAAUGUUCAGGACGAGUCCUCCAGGUCUCCAUCCCCGCGCCCAACCGCUCUGCACCCUUCUGCACCGUUUCUGGCUGCAACGAAUGGUGGUUCUUACACUGCCACAGAGCAAGCAUUCCCGGUUGCCAGAGACGGUGGUUUCCGAACUGCCACUGGUACAGCAUCCGGUGCUGCCAAGGAGGAUUCUAUGGACAGUCACGGUACCUUUCUCACAGCAAAUGGCCCCUCUUCUUUCCUGCAAUCCGCACACUCGUCCUCCUCGUCCCUUGCUGCAGAUGCCUCCUUACUCCUGCCUGUAGUGCGCAGUGCUCCUCCUCCCUCUGCGGCUCUGUGUGCGCAGCAGCCUACCCCUACUCUGUCUGAAUCAUCCAGCCGGUAUCCUGCCAUCUGGCCCGUGACCUGCAGUGAGAGGGAAUUGGAAGGAGCAGGAGGGGGAGGAGGAGAAGGAGGGGUGGAAGGAGGGGGUGGAGCAGUAGCUCUGACUGUAGGAAAUGGGACUGUAGGAGACGUGAGGGCACGAGGGAUGGUGGAUGAAGCUGGGUCUGUUGUGGCUGCUGGCAGUGGGGCUGGUGGUGUGGGCUUGGUUGGUGCUGGUGAAAUUGCGGUUAGGGGAGCAGGGGGUGUGGAGCGGAAUGAGGUGUCGCUUAUUGAUUCGCCGCUUGUCGGUGCGCCGUUUAGGCUGGCGUUUUUCCUGGUGAAGGUGGUGAGUAAGACAGGGAUUGUUCAGAGGCUGGCAGGCAGGCUGGUGGGGGGGAGAAAUAAGCACUUGGGGGCAGGUGGAGAGACACAGAAUGUCAAUGUGGACGGAGGAGUUGGGUCGUCUGCGUCAUCCGCCAGCACGCCAAUGACUGAAGAGCUGGCAGGGCGGCUGAAGGCGUAUGCAGAGAGGCAGGCGCGGUGCAUCAACGGCGUGAAGGAAUGGCCUGCUUUCCUCUCCAAUCCGUGCGUGCCACGCCUGGGCAACCAGCUGCUCUCCCUCGUCUCUUCCUUCACCUACGCCCUGCUCACCCAUCGCACGCUCAUCAUCAACACACUUUUCUCACCACCAUGCCCGCACGCCCACUCUUUCCCCACUUUUCCCACUUUCCCCUCUUUCCACUGUCUUUCCCCUCAUCCCUUGUCCAGGUCUGGGCAACCAGCUGCUCGCCCUCGUGUCUGCCUUCAAUUACGCGCCCCUCUCCAACUGCACACUCAUUAUCCACCCACUCCUGUCUUGCCUCCACCCGUCCCACCUUCCCACACAGGUCUGGGCAACCAGCUGCUCUCCCUCGUCUCCUCCUUCACCUACGCCCUCCUCACCAACCGCACGCUAAUCAUCAACCCACACGCACAGGCAGCCCUCUUCCUCUGCGACCCCUUUGCAUUCACCCCCACCCCCUCCACCUGGAUGCCCAUGGACUCACCCACCUUUGCAGCUCAGCGCAAUGUAAUCACGAAGCAGUCUCCAAGUGAACAGCAGCAGCAGCAGCAGCAGCAGCAGCAGCAGCAGCAGCAGCAGCAGCAGCAGCAGCAGCAGCAGCAGCGUGGGGAGGGUGAACAUGGUCUAUGUGGAGCUCAAAUUCACGUAUGCUUCUGCUGCCCUCUGCUGUCCUUCUUGCUUGCUCCCAUUGCCCAGUCCCGUACUUUUCUACUACUCACCCCAAGCGUUCGCGUCCCCCUGCCCCACACUCCCCCUGCCCCACACUCCCCCUGCCCCACACUCCCCCUGCCCCACACUCCCCCUGCCCCACACUCCCCCUGCCCCACACUUCCCCUGCCCCACACUCCCCCUGCCCCACACUCCCCCUGCCCCACACUCCCCCUGCCCCACACUCCCCCUGCCCCACACUCCCCCUGCCCCACACUCCCCCUGCCCCACACUCCCCCUGCCCCACACUCCCCCUGCCCCACACUCCCCCUGCCCCACACUCCCCCUGCCCCACACUCCCCCUGCCCCACACUCCCCCUGUCCCACACUCCCCCUGCCCCACACUCCCCCUGCCCCACACUCCCUCUGCCCCACACUCCCCCUGCCCCACUCUCCCCCUGCCCCACACUCCCCCUGCCCCACACUCCCCCUGCCCCACACCCCCCCUGCCCCACACUCCCUCUGCCCCACACUCCCCCUGCCCCACUCUCCCCCUGCCCCACACUCCCCCUGCCCCACACUCCCCCUGCCCCACACCCCCCCUGCCCCACACUCCGCCUGCCCCACACUCCGACUGCUCCAUAUUUCUCUCUCUCACGCCCCGCUGUUUCUCGCAUGGUGGAUGUGUGUCGGUGCUAUGCUGUGCCCGCGUAUACGCCUACUUACUCCCUGCUCUCUACCACGCGCCACACUUGCAAGCCGAGUUGGAGCGCCUGCCUGGUCCCCAACCCCAAUCGCCUGGCGCUGAUGCACGUGGCUCAACUCAACAGCACAAGCCUUCUCUUCCUGCCAUAUUCCCUCUGCGCCCCCGACAUUCAACAGGCUGACCUGGAGCUUUUGUUCCCCGACCGCCUGCCGUUGAUGCACGUGGGGCGCUACCUGCUGCACCCCGCCAACUACCUCUGGGAGGAAAUCACCCGCGCCUUCCGAGCCUACCUCGCCCCGCACCAACACAGGGUUGGGAUCCAGAUUCGUGAGUUUCAGAAGUACGUGCCAGCUGAUGAUGUGCUGCAGAGAGUGGUGGAUUGCAUGGUGAACGUGACUAAAGUGGUGGGCCCCAUAUUGUCACACGAGGACUGGGAGAAGCUGACGAAGCAGGCACCUCCCAGCAACGCCUCCCUCCUGAGCCAAGUACUGGGAGAGCAGGAGCUGGUUCAGGGGCAAGGGCAGCCGCAAGGGGAGAAGGACGAGAAGGAAAACGGGGAGCAUGUGAAAUCAGAGGAUGGCGACAAGAAGGAAGGCGAGAAGGGAGGCGAGAAUAAAGUUCAAGAGGGGAUGCAGAUGUUGGGAAGCGGGGAUGGGGGUGGUGGAGGGGCGGAGGUGGAGAGAUUAGGUGGUGGGGAGGGGAGGAGGAAGGGGGGGAGUGUGGGGGUGUUUGUGGCGUCGCUGCGGGCAGCGUAUGGGGAGAUGCUGAGGGAGAUGAGCACAGAGGGGCGGCCAGAGGGCGGGCAGGAGAUUGCUGUUAGCAUGCUGAGCCACGAGGGAGCACAGCAGCUGAGGGAGAAGAAGCAGGCAGAGAGGGCGCUGAGGGAGAUGUGGCUGCUCUCCAUGUGUGACACACUUCUGAUCACGGACACAUCCACAUUCGGCUACAUAGCAGCAGGCCUGGCGGGCGUUCGCCCCUACUCUCUCAACAUCGUCGCUCGCUACCACAGCGACUGGCGCAAGAACAACCGAACCUCCUGCUCCCGAACCUCCCCCGAGCCUUGCUACUUGUCAAUAUUCGACGUCAAGUCGAGGCAUAUUCAGGUGAGGAUCUAG